GUUUUAUGUUUAAUUAUAUCGCUUACAAUUUCGUCUUAACUGAUAAUAUUGUUUAUUUCCAGAAGGUAAGGUUCAUUUUAAGAUAGCACAGAUUUAUAUCGGUGUUAUACGAAUAUCACAAUAUUUAUGUGAUAUCUGAAAUAUUUGGUUUUCAUAAUGCCACCAAAACUUAAAAGAGGCCGUCCACCAGGCUCAAAAAACAAGAAGACUAUCAAUCAAUUAGCUCAGAAAAUAAAGGAUGAACAAAACUGUGAGAACAUUAAGCAACAAAAUGAUGAUUGCUAUUGUGAAUCUUGUAAACAAUCGUUUCCAUCGCUUCGGGUUUAUCGAAAGCAUGUCAAAUCUUGUAAAAUUAAACAGGAAAUAACACUCGCGGGUGUCGAUGUAACACCAAUAAAGCCUGCAUACAACUGUAAGCAAUGCAGCAAAAAGUUCAGAUUUAUCAAGAGUUAUGAAAGUCAUCUAUUAAACGAACAUUCCUCGACUCCGGGCAGUGUUUCUUGUAACCAAUGUGAUGUGGUGUGUCCUAACGAAGAUGUUUUGGCCCAACACGUCCAGAAUGUGCAUCUUAGAGAGAUCUUUGAGUGUGAACAUUGUGAUCAGAAGUUUGUUAGGAGGUCCCAUGUCCUUAGACACAUGAUGCAAAAGGGCUGUGAUGGCAGAAAAGUCGUCACCUAUCCAUGUGAAAUCUGCGAGGCAUCAUUCUCAAGGAAAGAUAACCUGAUGGUACAUCUCCGGUUGCAGCAUAUAACAACCAAGCAUUUCAGUUGUAAGCUCUGUGAAUAUCAUACAAGAAACUUCUCCAAGCUAAUAAUACACAAUCAGCAGAAACAUACAGAAACACCAAGAUUUGAGUGCGAUCAUUGUGGCAAGGUAACCGGCUCACGAGGAGCCAUCGCCAAACACCUGGAAAUACACGGUGAAAAGAAAUACGGCUGUGAUGUGUGUGGUUACACAACCUUCACGGUGGAGGUAAUGAGACGUCAUGUUCUAACACAUGUCAGAGAAAAGCCAUUCAAAUGUGAUAUAUGCGAUCAGUCGUAUAUACAGAAAGUCCAGCUACAACGUCACUUGGAGAAACACACCGGAAACCAAUGCAACAUCUGUUCUAAGAGCUUUGAUUCUAAAUCAAAAUUGAUUGUUCAUGAAAUCAUGCACAAGGGAGAGCCUUUGUUGUGUCCGAUCGACAACUGUGAUACAAAAAAGUUUAAAGAUGCCAAUGAUCUGGCCAGUCAUAUCAAGAUGCACUUGAACGAUAAGCCGUUCGAGUGUGAGGUGUGCAGCAAGAGGUUCCACCUGGAGGUGAACAUGCGCCGUCAUAUGAGCACUCACACUUUGGAAAAAGCCCGUCGCUGUAUGUACUGUGUCUCCGCGCGAGCCUACGUCAGGGGGGAGCAGUUGGUCCGCCACGUGAGGAAGACUCACCCGCAAGUGUUCCAGCAGAGACUAUUACACGUGCGGAGUGUCCUUGGCUCGAAUCUCGGGCUGAGUCGCGUGAGGAAGUCUGAGAUAGAGUCUAUCCUGAACGUAUUGGACGCGGAGUCGGACCGCAUCCUUGAAGGUUGUGGUGACGGAGCCUUGUACGGUGGACUCCAAGAGAACGACGACUCCAAUGUGAAGCAGGAAGAAGAAAAACCACUCAUGGCAGAGGAUGAACUAGCUGAUAGUUUGAACAAGCUCCUCACACACAUGAUAGACAAGGAGAUGCUGGAGUGUUUCGGAUGGCCGGACGAACCUAUAGAUGAGGUUUUGGAGCACAUGAUAUCAAACUGUGGCGCCAAAGCAGCUGAUCACAGUUGGCCUCGAGUCCAACGUUUGAGAGAGAACGCCAAACAAUUAUUCCUGCACGUAGUGGAAGACGAGACGGUGGCUCGCAUGCUGCACACACACACCAUCGACCAGGUCAUCAAACACAUACUUGCCCAAGUCGCUGAUGAUGUACAGAAGUGAUUGCUCAUGUUGCAUGAACAUGUUCGCUGCGGUCAUUGAAGUAUAUUCUUAACCCAUAUUUGUAUUAUCAUACUACAUAUAAAGCUUUUCCAGUUUUCCAUCUGUAGAUUUCAUGUGAUAGCAUCGAUUUAGGUGUAGGAAAAACUGAUUAUGCUCUCUAUGUGAUAUGAUGGUACAAAUUUCUGGAACAGAGAACCAAUGUUGGAAGUUCUUAUUCUAUGGAGUAUAGACUAUAGGGUAAUUAAUUUAUAGCUAUUUUCCUAUCAGUUAGUUGAAUAUAUUUACUAAGUUUUUAUAUGAAAUACAUAUAUGUUUAUCAAAAUUGCUUCAUAUCACGGAACAUCCAAUAAUUUUUUGAUAUGAGUAUAAAAAUAUAUUGCUUAAGAUUACAAAAAAAUUAAUUUAAAAUACCGUUGAUAUUUUAAAUAAUUUAAAGGUGACGUUACUACAACACCAAUGAUCGCUGUAAGAAAUAUUUCAAUAUUAAUAGUUGUUAAUAAAAAAAAAAAAUCCUAAAUAUUUUUCAUAUGCAGAAAUAAUUUUUACUGCUGUGAUCAUUUCAUAAACCUUUCCGUUUUCACGCUCUGUGUAAUUAUUAUUUUUUAAGUGUUUUCAUUUUAUAUAUAUUUUUUGAGAGGUCACUAACAUCAUUAUUGUGGUCUCGAGUUGGUUGAAAUGAAAAAUUGAAAUUUAUGAAGUAGAUAUUAUUUUUAAUUAAAUUGUUAUGUAGCUGAUAACGGCAAGACUUUCAUCAUUAUUAUUUUUAGUCUUUGGUUUGGGCAAAUGUAAUGGAAUUUAUCUAUAUUAUAUUAAUUUAAUUUUCUAACUAUCAUAUAUUUCCACGGAAGUGCCUUAAAUUUUUUAUGAGCAAAUAUUUAAUAACCAUCAUUAUAUUUUUAUAUUGUUAUGUAAGCAUUUAUAAUUAAAAUUUACUUUAUAUAGAAAAAUCUAUGAUGAAUAUACUUAUUAUUAGUUUGAAGUUAAGUGAUUGCAUAUUUUUAAGUAAGAUUUAAAUUGUUAUGACUUUACUGAUGUUGAUGCAAUAAAGUGGUUUUAUUCUA